UCGAGCGGGAGCAGAGGAGGCGAGGAAGGAGGGCCAGAGAGGCAGUUGGAAGAUGGCGGACGAGGCGGCGCUCGCCCUUCAGCCCGGCGGCUCCCCGUCGGCUGCGGCGGCCGAGAGGGAGGCCGCUUCGCCGCCUGCUGGAGAGCCGCUCCGCAAGAGGCCGCGGAGAGACGGCCCCGGCCUCGGGUGGAGCCCGGGCGAGUCCGGCGGGCCGGCCCCCGAGCGUGAGGUGCCGGCGGCGGCGGCCGGGAGCUGCCCGGCUGUGGCGGCGGCGCUGUGGCGGGAGGCGGAGGCGGCGACGGCGACGGGCGGGGAGCGAGAGGCCCAGGCUGUGGUAGCGGCCGGAGGAGACAAUGGGCCCGGCCUGCAGGGCCUACCCCGGGAGCCGCCGCCAGCCGACGAUUUCUGCGAAGACGAAGACGACGACGACGAGGGCGAGGAGGAGGAAGAGGCGGCGGCGGGGAUUGGGUACAGAGAUAAUCUCCUGUUCAGUGAUGAAAUUAUCACUAAUGGCUUUCACUCGUGUGAAAGUGAUGACGACGAUAGAGCCUCACAUGCAAGCUCUAGUGACUGGACUCCAAGGCCGCGGAUAGGUCCAUAUACUUUUGUUCAGCAGCAUCUCAUGAUUGGCACAGAUCCUCGAACAAUUCUUAAAGAUUUACUACCAGAAACAAUUCCUCCGCCUGAACUGGAUGAUAUGACACUGUGGCAGAUUGUUGUUAAUAUCCUUUCAGAACCACCAAAAAGGAAAAAAAGAAAAGAUAUUAAUACAAUUGAAGAUGCCGUGAAAUUACUGCAAGAGUGCAAAAAAGUAAUAGUUCUAACUGGAGCUGGGGUGUCUGUUUCAUGUGGAAUACCUGACUUCAGGUCAAGAGAUGGUAUAUAUGCUCGCCUUGCAGUAGACUUCCCAGAUCUUCCAGAUCCUCAAGCAAUGUUUGAUAUUGAAUAUUUCAGAAAAGAUCCUCGGCCAUUCUUCAAGUUUGCAAAGGAAAUAUAUCCUGGACAGUUUCAACCGUCUCUCUGUCACAAAUUCAUUGCUUUGUCAGAUAAAGAAGGAAAACUUCUUCGCAACUAUACCCAGAACAUAGACACUCUUGAACAGGUUGCAGGAAUCCAAAGGAUAAUUCAGUGUCAUGGUUCCUUUGCAACAGCAUCUUGCCUGAUCUGUAAAUACAAAGUUGACUGUGAAGCUGUACGAGGAGAUAUUUUUAAUCAGGUAGUUCCUCGAUGUCCUAGGUGCCCAGCUGAUGAACCACUUGCUAUCAUGAAACCAGAGAUUGUCUUUUUUGGUGAAAACUUACCAGAACAAUUUCAUAGAGCCAUGAAGUAUGACAAAGAUGAAGUUGAUCUCCUCAUUGUUAUUGGGUCUUCCCUGAAAGUAAGACCAGUCGCACUAAUUCCAAGCUCCAUACCCCACGAAGUGCCUCAGAUAUUAAUUAACAGGGAACCUUUGCCUCAUCUACAUUUUGAUGUAGAGCUUCUUGGAGACUGUGACGUCAUAAUUAAUGAACUGUGUCAUAGGCUAGGUGGUGAAUAUGCCAAACUUUGCUGCAACCCUACAAAGCUUUCAGAAAUUACUGAAAAACCUCCACGAACACAGAAAGAGUUGGUUCAUAUGUCAGAGUUGCCACCAACACCUCUACAUAUUUCAGAAGAUUCAAGUUCACCAGAAAGAACUUCACCAACAAAUUCUUCAAUGAUUGUUAAGCUUAUCGACCAAGCAACUAAGAGUAAUGUGGCCGAUUCAGAUGUCUCUCAAUCAAAAGUUUGUAUGGAAGAAAAAUCACAGGAAGUACAGACUAAUCCUAGGAAUACUGAAAGUGUAGCUGAACAGUUGGAAAAUCCGGAUAUGAAGAGUGUUGGUUCCAAUACUGGGGAGAAAAAUGAACGAACCUCAGUUGCUGACACAGUGAGAAAGUGCUGGCCCAGCAGAACUGCAAAGGAACAGAUUAGUAAACGGCUCGAUGGUAAUCAGUAUCUGUUUUUACCACCAAAUCGUUAUAUUUUCCAUGGCGCUGAGGUAUAUUCAGACUCUGAAGAUGAUGUCUUAUCCUCUAGUUCUUGUGGAAGUAACAGUGAUAGUGGGACAUGCCAGAGUCCAAGUUUAGAAGAACCACUGGAGGAUGAAAGUGAGAUUGAAGAAUUCUACAAUGGCUUGGAAGAUGAUGUUGAUGUUCCAGAGAGACCUGGAGGAACUGGAUUUGGGGCUGAUGGAGGUCUUCAAGAGGCAGUUAAUGAAGCUGUAGCUGUGAAACAGGAAGCAACAGAUGUCAACUAUCCAUCAAACAAAUCAUAAUGUUGCAGCUGUCCAGGUACAGGAAUUGUUCCACCAGCAUUAGGAACUAUAGCAUGUCAAAGUGAAUGUUUACUUGUGAACUCAAUAGAGAAGGAAACCAGAAAGGUGUAAUAUUUAUAGACUGGUAAAAUAGGUGGUUUUUCAUGGAUAAUUUUUUAACUUUAUUAUUUCUGUACACGCAACACUAACUUUUUUGUUUUGAAAGAAAGGUACUAAGUAUCUUUAACCAGAUGUUGGUCAAGACUUUUCACUUUCUUUCAAGGGUUCGUUUGUAUGAUACAUCCAUAUGUAUAUAUAAUUUUUUUGCCUAGUGAGUUUCAACAUUUUAAAUGCAAAAAGCCAUUGGAAUGUUAAAUUAAUGUAAAGGGAACAGCUUAUCUAGACCAAAGAAUGGUAUUUUCACACUUUUCUUUAUAACAUUGAAUGAUUUGAAGUCCUCAAAAUCUGUUCUGCUAUACUUUUGAUUUUUUAGCACAAUUAUCUAUUUUUAAACACUGGCAUUUUCCAAAACUUGUGGCAGCUAACUUUUUAAAAAUCUGAAAUGACAUGCAACUUGAAUAGAAUGAAGUCAACAAUAUGCGGGAAGGCACUCAGUUUAUCUUUAUGUAAAAGAAAGACUUGGUGCUAAGCAUUUCAGGAAUAUUGUAUCUGUUCAAAUGAAGAUGGCUUUUGUACUUCCUGAGGACAUGUAGUAAUGUCUAUAUUGGCUCAUAAAACUAACCUGAAAAACAAAUGCUUUGGAAAUGUUUCAGUUGCUUUAGAAACAGUAGUGCCUGCCUGGACCCCCUUAGUUUUGAAAUAUUUGCCAUUGUUUAAAUACCUAUCACUGUGGUAGAGCUUGCAUCAGUCCUUCCUGUUCUGUAAGUAUUAAACUGCCAAGAUGUGAAUAUGCAAAGCUUUUCUGAAUCUAUAGUUAUGGUACUUCUACAGGGCAGAGUGUAAUAUUUUGGACUGCUGUUUUUCCAUUAAUGAGGAGAGCAACAGGCCUGUGAUUACAGUUCCAAAGUAAUACGAUGUUAAUUUUAACUCAGCCAGAAAGUACAUGUCUCCUUUGGGAGGAUUUGGUGUAAUAAAUACCAAACUGCUGGCCUAGUGUUAUGGAAGGUGAACAUGAAAUAACUUGUAAUAGCAGAACAGUUAAUGAAUGAAACUAGUUCUUACAAUGUAUAUUUAAAAGCUUAGCCUGCCUUAAGACUUAGAGAUCAACUUUCUAAGCUGCAGAAGCUUCUAGCCUUUCAAAAAAGUUCAUACUUUAUUAUAAAAUUGCACAGCACACAUUUAUUUUCCAGACCUUUUUUGAACAUUACUCCAAUUAUAAAGUAUAAAGCAUUUCUGUGUUGGCUUAGUAUUUAUUACAAGAAAAGGGGUUUGAAAUACAGCUGUUCUUUAUGCAUAAAAUACCCAGCUAAUACCAUUACUGUCAGAAAAAAGUUGUACUGAAUGGACAUUUCCCUACCUAAGAAGUCUCAAUCCGCAUUUAUUUGGCUACACUAAAGAAUGCAGUAUAUUUAGUUUUCCAUUUGCAUGAUGUGUUUGUGCUAUAGAUGAUAUUUUAAAUUGAGAAAUUUGUUUUAAAUUAUUUUUACAGUGAAGACUGUUUUCAGCUCUUUUUAUAUUGUACAUAGUCUUUUAUGUAAUCUACUGGCAUAUGUUUUGUAGACUGUUUAAUGACUGGAUAUUCCACAACUUUUGAAAUACAAAACCAGUGUUUUAUACUUGUAUACACUGUUUUAAAGUCUAUUAAAAUUGUCAUUUGACUUU